GUGAGCUAACUGUGAGCUAACGGAGGGAGCUACCUCCGGGGGCAGGAACGGCGGAGGGUUGUUCCGCUGGCUCUUUUUGUUCCGUCUCCUCCGGCCUCGUUUGCUUCUUCUUGUCCGGGACUUUUUGGACGCUUUCCUUCCAGUGUUCCCGGGGCCGGAGCACGGUCCAUGUCUGCUGUGUCCGGGAGACACUGCACCACUUUGGGAUAAAUCCACCAUGUCUGGGCUCAGUCACCGGGACUCGAACUGACGGGGAUGAAAUAAGAAUAAUUCACCGAUGAAGAUCUCCGCUGUGCCAUCACCUCCACAUUAACACCGAUGAAGAUGAAGAUGCUCUCUCCUCAGCAUCUUCACCGCUGUAUAACAUCUGCUUCCGCCUGGGAUUGUCAAAAUAAUGUCCUUUACGACUUCAAAAUAAAGUACAGCAGAUGACAUAGCUCGUCACAGUGAGUUUACAACAGGAAGUCAACCAACCAUCAAUAAUCACAUUUUAUUUAGAUCUUAACAAGCUGCGACAUCCUCUGUUCUUAACUGAACAAGAGUAAAACUACCAGAGAAACUUUAUUAACAGUAAAUAAAGCUCAGACGGCGUCCGGACCAGCAGGAGCACUUCACUUCCAUUUCUCACCCAUAUCGACCAGUAGCCACUCCCAGGGCUCAGUGGGACUUCUCCCUUCCUGGUGGUCGACUCUCUGGAGACUCCUAUUCCCAUUUAGUCUUUCCAUUGACCUGAACCUCAAAGUAAAAUCGACCUCGUUCUCCUCAUCAUCAGAGUAAACUAGUUUUCGCUGGUCACACAGGAUGAGACGAGGAUUUGCUGUAUAAGGAUCAAAAGUCACUUCCGGUACAAACUGCUGCUUCUCGUUCAGCUUCUUCUCACUGAGUCUCCUCCAGCUCUCACCACAGUCCCCUCAGGUGAUGGUGGACAGACUUGGACUCGGAGGAGGUGGAGGAGGUGGAGAGCUCCUCCACCUCAGUGCUUCUCUUCCUCAGCUCAGAGAUCUUCUGCCUUCUUCUCCGUCGUCAUCUGUUUGCCUUGGAUUUCUUUUGUGAGCUCGUUCAGGCCUCGGUCAACCGACUCCUUCAGAGAAGUGAAGACCUGAACAGCUUCUCUCUGUCUGCAACCUCAUGGGGUUAAAGAAGUCUUCAUAGGUGACCUUUGAAUAUCACAGACAGUAGCAGGACAAUGACAGACACUGACAACAGGUCGAAAAACAACUCGCAGAACAGUGAAUAACCAGAAUCUUCAAGUGAAACUUGAGUACACACAUUUUUCUCUCCUGUGAAGUUGAGGAUUUGUGUAAAUACUGAUGGAACAAAGUAAAAAAACUCCUUCUGUUCUCACCCAGGAGAAAAGGUUCUGGUCUGCUUCACAGUCACCUUCAGGAAAUCUCCUCUCCAGGAUGUUGGCUGUUCGUUCCCUCUCCUCAACACAACGUCUGACUUGUACAAACCUGAUACACUCUGAGGUGAAUGAUCUGAUGACUGGUCUCUAGCCGUCACAUGACCGUCAUCACAGAUCAAGCCCUGAAGAGGAGCCUGUAUGUGCUAUACAUCGAUAACAAGGCUUUGGUGCCGGCUGCAGGCAGUUGACUAGUGUCCAUUACCUGAGAAGAUCCAGCUGUGGACAUGGUCUUGAUUGACCUGUCUGAGGACAAUUCAUACGGUAAACAGGGAGGUCCACAUUGAAGACAGCGCCUCUCCCAGGAGAGUGGUGGUUCCACCUGGUUGUCAGAUCUGGAGUCUAGCCUUUGCAGAGUUCAUCUCUCACAGUUAGACAGGACUGUCCAUGACACAUCGUAAAGUCUAGUGCUCCAUCGACUUGAGCUCAUUACUCCAAAGACUUGUUUUGGGUUUGAAUGUUGAGCCAUCAGCUGGUUCUGCCGCUAAUUCGAUGAUAGUUCAGGCCCAUGUCAUUUCACCAUUUCAUGGUUGGGUUGAUGGUUUGGUUGGCGUCUGUUAGUGUGCUAGCUUCUGAAAUAGAUAAACAUUAUAGUGGCUGUGGCUGUAGAGCGGUUGUCCUCCAACCAGAGGGAUGGUGGUUCGAAUCCCAACUGUGCCUCAUAGAUGACUGGAAGUAGCUCUGGAUAAAUGCUAAAUGACUUGUAAUGUUGUGUCCUGGGGAAACAUAUCUUACUUUAGAUCCUUCACAGAUCUUAAAAACUUCAUGCGCUGCAGAAACAUUAUAUUUUUUACAUUUCCCGUCAGGCUCUGCACAGACAGCUACGUCAGGUCCUCAGGGGUCCUCACUGCCCUGAGCCUCCGCCUGAUCUCAAAUCACCGGAGAACAUCUCGACUUUCACCGGAGAACCACCGGAGAACAUCUCAGCGGAACCUCCGGUCGAGGCAGCUGGAGGAAUGAUGGGCGGCAGGUCGAGUGCGUUAGCUGCGGGGCUGUGCGGGGCUCUGCUCGUCGGCUACUGCGUCUACUUCGACCGGAAGAGACGGAGCGACCCGCAGUUCAGGAGCCGGCUGCGGGAGCGCAGGAGGAAGCAGCAGGCAGCGAAGGAGAGGGACGGUCAAGCCAAGCUCCCGGACCUGAAGGACGCUGAGGCGGUGCAGAAGUUCUUCCUGGAGGAGAUCCAGCUGGGGGAGGAGCUGCUGGCUCAGGGAGACUAUGAGAAAGGUGUGGACCACCUGACCAACGCCAUCGCCGUGUGUGGUCAGCCUCAGCAGCUGCUGCAGGUCCUGCAGCAGACUCUGCCGCCGCCCGUCUUCCAGAUGCUGCUCACCAAACUGCCCAGCAUCAGCCAGCGUAUGGUGAGCGCACAGAGUCUGAGUGAGGAUGAUAUAGAAUGAGGAGAAGGCUGAGAGGAAACGACCCCCCCGCCCAACCAUCACCCGACCUCCUCGUUACCAGAUGACCGUCUCCCCCCCCCCCCCCCCCACGGCGUCCUGAAGGAACUCGUGACAGUUUUGCUUAGGUUUUUUUUUUUAACAGAAAUUACCCGUUUUGGGGUAAAGUCAGAACUUUUAACAGGCUCCAACAUUAAGUGAUCAGGUUCUGACUCACUGGCCCGGGUCUUUGUUUCAAACAGCUGCUGACGGCCUCGUCCACCAGGGGGCGCUGUCAAACCUGUUGUUCAUGAUGUCUCACAAACACAUCGUCUCCUCUGCUUCUCAGUAUUUAUUGUUCUGUUCUCAUCUGUCUGAUGCAAACACUUUUUACAAAGUGAUGAAAUGUUUUGUUUGUGUUAGACGAUGAACCUCUUUGGAGAAAUAAAUAAAACGCUGAACAAACA